AUGGCGGCUCCUCUGCUAUUUACAAACAAUACCCACGAUAUUCCAACAACUUCCACUCAACGCACUAUAUCCUUCGGGGAAAAAGUUGCUGUGGUACUCUCUAUGCUCUUCGUCUUUGGUCUCGGGACGCUUGUGUUUGCUCAGAUCCUUUACGAAUGUGUUCAAACUAUUCGAGAGUCGAAAGCCCAAGAAAGAGCAGCAAAUACCGCCAUUGAAAGUAGCUUUACCCCUGAUGAAGACUUACAUGACUUGCUUAACGGAACCUUGGAAGAAAGAAUGCUUGCUGAAAGGGUCUUCAGCUUUGGCUCCAGCAACCGAAGAAGACCAUCUCUCCCUAUUGUACCAGCACCACCUUAUGAAAGACCCCCAGAGUACUACGAUUUGGAAGCACAGGACUUCUCUAGCGCCACAGUGACACCCAAAUUUCUGCCACUUCCACCGCCACCUCCUCUAUAUCAUUCCAUUGAGCAUGAUUUGAAAAACAGCCACUGA